AUGGUGCAUCUAUCCAGUGUCAAAACAGACCCUCACAAGAGCGGCGAGUUCGACCCUCCUAAACGCCGGCAAUCCAUUGUUCCUGGUCUCGAGCACAUCUCCCUCGAACCUCCUGGCGAUGAUGAGUUCUCUACCUCCGUGUACGGCUCGCGGUUCGCAGCCCAAGAUCUUCCCGCACUUGAAAUGCCCGAAAGAGAGAUGCCGAAGGAAAUUGCAUAUCGUAUGAUCAAGGACGAGCUUAGUCUCGAUGGAAACCCAAUGCUCAAUCUAGCUAGCUUUGUCACCACCUUCAUGGAAGACGAAGCUGAAAAGCUGAUGACCGAGGCCUUCUCCAAGAAUUUCAUUGACUACGAGGAAUAUCCACAAACGGCCGAGAUUCAGAACCGCUGUGUCAACAUGAUCGCUCGACUGUACAACGCAACCGCAUCUGAGGAUGGAUCCAACGCAAUGGGUACAUCUACCAUCGGCUCGAGCGAGGCUAUCAUGCUGGCUGUUCUGGCAAUGAAGAAGAAAUGGGCCAACAAACGCAAGGCUGAGGGCAAGGAUGCGUCCAAGCCAAACCUGAUCAUGAACAGUGCCGUGCAGGUAUGCUGGGAAAAGGCCGCUCGCUACUUUGAUGUCGAAGAGAGAUAUGUCUACUGCACCGACAAUCGCUACGUCAUCGACCCGGAAGAAGCCAUCAACCUCAUCGAUGAAAACACAAUUGGUAUCUGUGCCAUUUUGGGCUUGACCUACACUGGCGAAUACGAAGACGUUCAAAUGAUCAAUGACCUGCUCGUUGAAAAGAACAUCGAUUGUCCCAUCCAUGUGGAUGCGGCUUCUGGUGGGUUUGUGGCUCCCUUUGUCAAUCCUGAUCUCGUCUGGGAUUUUCGACUUGAGAAGGUUGUGAGUAUCAAUGCCUCGGGUCACAAAUAUGGUCUGGUGUACCCUGGUGUGGGUUGGGUUGUCUGGAAGUCGCCGGAAUACCUCCCGAAAGAACUAGUGUUCAAUAUCAACUAUCUGGGAGCCGAUCAGGCCUCCUUUACGCUCAACUUCAGCAAGGGCGCAAGCCAUGUCAUCGGUCAAUACUACCAGAUGAUCCGGCUGGGGAAACGCGGAUAUCGGAGUAUCAUGCUCAAUUUGACUCGUACUUCCGAUUACUUGGCUGCGCAGCUCCGGGAAUUGGGCUUCAUUAUCAUGUCACCCGGUGGUGGUCGGUCACUGCCUGUGGUCGCAUUCCGCCUGAACCCGGACAAGGGCCACUUGUACGACGAGUUCGCCCUUGCACAUCAACUCCGGGAACGCGGUUGGGUGGUCCCUGCCUACACGAUGGCUCCCCACAGUGGUGAUCUCAAGUUGAUGCGCGUUGUUGUCCGUGAGGAUUUCAGCAAGGCACGUUGUGAUAGCCUGGUCAACGACAUCAAGAUGGCUCUUCAAGUGCUUGGUGAGAUGGACCGCAAAGCGGUGGAGCGUUAUCAAGAUCACGUUCAGAAACAUGCUCGACGCAAACCUGGCAUCAGCGUUCAGCACUACAAACAUGAGAAGCACUCGCUUCAAGGCAAACAUGGCAAAUCACAUCCUGUUUGUUAA